AUGGAAGACAGCCAUUUCCGGCACAGCGCCUCGCACCACCCCUCCCCGUUCCAAUCUAGCCUACACCGUGACCACAACCUCACCGAAGGCACGACCACCGCCCUAGAAGAGCCAACCGCCCAACACCGCUCCAGCUACGAUAUUGACGAGGAGGGUCAGCCUCCCCGAUACACGGAAGAGAAUGAUCCCUAUCAGCUAGCGUCGAAACUCAAAUCUGAUGCGGAAAUUCAGGCACUACACCCGCUAGCCAACACCUCGCGCAAGCGCCAUGGGCAUACCACGACGGCAACCCCACAGCCAGCACGCUCCUCCUCUGCGCUUUCCACGAUUGCGAUCUAUGGCAGUUUCGCGGCGAACGUGGCGCUUUCUAUCCUGCAGCUGUAUGGUGCUAUUGCGUCAUCAUCGCUUUCGCUAUUCACAACCAUGGCGGACUCGGUCUUCGAUCCUCUAUCGAACCUGACGCUCCUGCUGUGCAAUAAGACGGUCAACCGCGUUGACCCCCGCAAGUUCCCUGCGGGAAAAGCCCGUAUCGAGACGGCUGGCAAUAUCUGCUUCUGCUUCCUCAUGACGGCAGUCUCGCUCUUGCUCAUUGCCUUCUCAAUCCGCGACCUCGUCGGUGGCUCGGACAGCGAAACGGGCGACUUCCAUCUCCCGUCCGUCAUUGCCGUAGUUGUCGCCUUCUGCACCAAGUUCUCCCUCUUUUUGUACUGCUUCGCGCUGCGCAACCAGGUUUCCCAGAUCCGCAUUCUGUGGGAAGACCACCGCAACGACCUCUUAAUUAACGGCUUCGGUAUUCUCACCUCUGUCGGCGGUAGCAAGCUCCGCUGGUGGAUAGACCCAAUGGGCGCUAUCAUCCUCUCCGUAUUGAUCAGCGGUCUCUGGCUUCACACCGCGUAUCAUGAGUUCCAGCUUUUGAUUGGUAUCACGGCGGAUACGAAAAUGCAGCAGUUAAUCACUUAUAUCUCAAUGACUCACUCACCACUCAUUACUGCUAUCGACACUGUCCGCGCGUACACUUCGGGACCCCGUCUAGUUGUCGAGGUCGAUAUUGUCAUGGACCCGUCAGACUCCUUGCGCGCCACCCACGAUGUUGCCGAGGAGCUGCAGACAAAACUCGAGUCCUUGCCUGAUGUUGAGCGGGCUUAUGUCCACGUUGACUAUGAGACGACGCAUAAGCCGGAGCACUUCCUAAAAAAGGAGCUCUAA